ACCCCGGGUAUGGCGACUACUUGAUCUUCCACAACAACGACCUUGACACCUUGUUCUCUGGCUUCUGCAUUCUGCACCGCUUCACUUGAGUAUCCGAGAAAGUCACUCUGCUCAGUAUAUCAUGUUUUCUCUCGCCCAGACCCCGAUCUUUUCAACAGCAUUUGACGCUACCAGCAACAUGCCGUGGACCCAUAGCCAUCGACCUUCCAUUUCCUCACCUCUCUCCUCCUCUCCCCUUCGCGCGACCUCCCCCGCGUCACCGACAAGACGCACCACUCUGGACUUUUCGAACCGUCAAACACAGUCGUCGCCAAUUCAAGCAUCAUCCUCCAAGUUCAAAUACGCGUCGCGACAAACCAAGCCGAAUCCAGCAGUCCGUCGUCGUGAAGAAGCUCAAGAGAGCAGGCGAAAGCUGUUCUUGCAGAACGUACGCCAGCGUGCUGAUGAGCGUAAUUACGAGCGAAGGGACAUGGAAGGAAUCCUUCUCAAAUCAAGCUGGGAUAAGCAGAUGCGGGAGCUCGUUCUCGCAAAGCGACUCGAGAGUGAUGCCGUGUUCUCUGAAGCGGACAUCGAACACGCGGCUGAACUGCUGAUGCAAGAGGAGGCAUCGUCAGAAAUCCAGCAGCCACCCGAAAACAUCGAUGAUAUGAUGGUCGACGAAAUGGCUAUGCAAGAACAGAGCGAAUUGGAUGCGCUUGUCAUGGCGUACCACGAACCUGCCAUGGAUCAGCAGGCUGCCUCGAACUCCAGCACAGACGCUCACAGCAUGUCCGAUGAUGAAGACUACGAUGCAAUCUUCUUGGGCCUGGUAUCACAAGAGGACUUUUCAGAGCAGAUGGAUAUGUCGUGAUACACACGAAAUUCUCGUGGAAUUGGUCAUGGUCUUUGGGUUGGGCGUAACGGGAUACCAUUUAUUCAGCGUUUGGGGGAGGAAACCGGAGCUGUCUGGCAUGGAGUUCAGGAAAUGAUGCGAAAACGUACUUCAAGGCACUCUGGUCGUACAUCCUUGUUUUCGUCAUCGGGUACAUAUGUCAAUGUCGAAGUGUAAUUGCCCUUCUAUUGGGGGUUGCAGCUUUCGU